UUGACUACACGAUUCUGAUUGGACGAUGUUCCUUCUGCUGAAUUUUGACCAAUCAGUGAACAGAUGAUAGCUAUAAGUAUCUUUGUCCCGCGGAUCUCCGGCAUUCUUCUCUUCUUAGAAGCUCGAAGUUGUUAAACAUGUCUGGACGCGGAAAGACCGGAGGCAAAGCCAGAGCCAAGGCCAAGACUCGCUCAUCCAGAGCAGGUCUGCAGUUCCCCGUGGGCCGUGUCCACAGGCUGCUGAGGAAAGGCAACUACGCUGAACGCGUGGGUGCCGGAGCCCCGGUGUACCUGGCCGCCGUGCUGGAGUACCUGACGGCUGAGAUCCUGGAGCUGGCUGGUAACGCUGCCCGCGACAACAAGAAGACCAGGAUCAUCCCCCGUCACCUGCAGCUGGCUGUGCGCAACGACGAGGAGCUCAACAAGCUGCUCGGAGGAGUCACCAUCGCUCAGGGAGGCGUUCUGCCCAACAUCCAGGCUGUGCUGCUGCCCAAGAAGACCGAGAAACCCGCCAAGGCCAAGUAAACCUGCCUGGAGACCACAAACCCAACGGCUCUUUUAAGAGCCACCCACAUCUGUCUAAAGAGCAUAAUUCAUAUUAGAUAUAACUGAGUGAGCAGUGUGCUAAAAUUAAAAAUGAAAGAAUAUGCGGGUCAAAUGAUUAAACAUAACGGUAAUUACUCUUUAGAUGAACUUGGUCAUCAGUGUUAUAUACUGUGAGAGCCCACUUGCAUUAUAUUUAAUGUUUCAUUAUACAUACAAAGGGCUACAAUGUAGCGGCUACACUAACGCGCCAAGACAAUGAAUCACAACUGGCUGAACGGGACAGGAAACACCAGAGAUAUUAAUUUGUCCACAUGACAAACUCAAGUGUGUGUGUGU